AUGUCAAUUUCCAAGGUCAUUCUUCUCGCAAUCGUUGCCGCAUUGUUGGUUACUUUUGCUGUUGCUAGUGCUAUCCCAUCUGAUGCCGUUAUCGAAUCCAUCUUGGGUACUUUCGAAAAGGAAUACGAAAUGUCAGAUGCCAUUUCAACUGCUUCACCAGCUGCUGUCAAUGCUGCCAGAUUUGCUCAACAACAAGUUGGUAAAUGUUACUCUCAACAAAAUAGACUUGGUAAUCCAUGUUUUGAUUGUUCCGGUUUAGUUUACACUGCUUACAAAUCUCAAGGAAAGACAGUUCCAACUUCUACUGGAGUUUAUCCAAAUGGAAAUAUCUAUGAAGUUACUGGACAACCAAUGGAAGUUGGUGAUAUCUUGUUCAGACCAGGUCAUGUUGGUAUCUAUGUUGGUGGAAAUCAAGUUGUUUCUGCUGAAAAUUCUAGAACUGGAGUUCGUCAAAGAGAUAUGGGUUAUUACUCUGCUUAUUUGAAGUUCACUAAGGUUUACAGAGUUAGAUAA